CAGUCGGCGAGGUGGUCGCUCCUCCGGUGCUGUGUGAGGAUGUCAACAUUAACGGAAGCUGUAGGAAAUUAACCGAUAAAUGCGUGACGACGAGACGCCGUGGAGAAGCUCAGGCGCAGACAACCGGGGUCAUGAUGUGCCAGAAGUCGAUGCUUUGUAGGGAAAUUUAGAGAAAAUAGAGGAUUCGUUGUUAGUUCAGGGGGAGAAUUUAAAGCUUUGUGCGCAUAGAAAAACGCGCUGGAGAUUUUGGAGAAGACUAAGGCAACUCCUGGUUUGAUCAUCACACUGAAUGGACUUUUGAAAUACUGUCUUUGACCAACCACAGGUCCGAGGAUGUUUUCGUUCUUCACGGAACCUGCACAUAGCCCGCAAACCGACCACUGACUGACCUUUUACGCACGGGGAAAGAUCCGUGCUCACGCAUUUUGUUUUCGUGUUUAUGUGGAUGAACUUUGCCAUACAUUUUUAAUGAUUCGAGAUCUGAGCAAGAUGUACCCCCCGGCACGGCAUCCGGUCCCCCACCAGCCGGGGCAGCCGUUCAAGUUCACUGUUACCGAGUCCUGCGACCGGAUCAAGGAGGAGUUCCAGUUCCUGCAAGCCCAAUAUCACAGUCUGAAAUUGGAGUGUGAGAAACUGGCCAGUGAGAAAACUGAGAUGCAAAGACACUAUGUCAUGUACUACGAAAUGUCAUACGGGCUCAACAUCGAGAUGCACAAGCAGGCGGAGAUCGUCAAACGGCUGAACGCAAUCUGCGCCCAAGUCAUCCCCUUCCUCUCUCAAGAGCACCAGCAGCAGGUGGUGCAGGCGGUGGAGAGGGCCAAGCAGGUCACCAUGGCUGAACUCAACGCCAUCAUAGGACAGCAGCAGCUCCAGGCUCAGCACCUCUCCCACGGCCACGCCAUCCCCGUCCCGCUCACGCCUCACCCAGCUGGCCUCCAGCCCCCCCUGCCACCCGGGGCCGGUACUGCCAGCCUGCUGGCGCUCUCCUCCGCCCUGAGUCACCAGCUGCCGCUCAAAGAUGAGAGGAAACACCACGACAACAACAGUGAACACCCGAGAGACAGAGACUCAGUCAAGAGCUCAUCUGUGUCUCCCUCGGCCAGUUUCCGGACCGGAGAUAAGCACCGGAGUUCAAGCGAUUACUCCUCCGAUGGCAAGAAACAGAAGACAGAUGAUAAGGAGUUGGCCUCCACACGCUAUGAAAGUGAUGGAGAGAAGAGCGAUGACAACUUGGUGGUGGAUGUCUCCAAUGAGGAUCCAGUGUCUCCUCGAGGAAGUCCUGCCCACUCUCCUCGGGAGAAUGGAUUGGACAAAAGUCGUCUGUUGAAGAAGGAUGCUCCACUGAGCCCUUCCUCCAUUGCCUCCUCCAGCAGCACACCUUCAUCCAAGUCCAAAGAGAUUAAUUUGAAUGAGAAAUCCACAACACCUGUGUCCAAGUCCAGCACCCCAACGUCCCGCUCGGAUGCUCCAACACCCAGCAGCACCUCCACCCCCGGCCUGAGGUCUGCACCUGGUAAACCGACAGGUGUCGAGACACUGGCCCCUGGUCUUCGUACGCCAUUGGCAGUACCCUGCUCGUACCCUGGGCCGUUCGGUAUGGUUCCUCACCCGGGCAUGAACGGAGAGCUUAGUGGAGCGGGUGCAGCCUACACCGGCCUGCAUAACAUCUCCCCGCAGAUGAGCGCGGUGGCUGCUGCUGCAGUUGCAGCUUACGGACGUACACAAGUGGUGGGAUUUGAUCCUCACCACCACAUACGUGUCCCUGGCCUUCCUCCCAGCCUGUCGGGCAUCCCUGGGGGAAAACCAGCCUACUCCUUUCACGUGAGCGCUGAUGGACAAAUGCAGCCUGUGCCUUUCCCUCCGGAUGCACUGAUCGGCCCUGGCAUCCCGCGCCACGCACGACAGAUCAAUACUCUCAGCCACGGGGAGGUGGUGUGUGCUGUCACCAUCAGUAACCCGACGCGUCAUGUCUACACCGGAGGCAAGGGCUGCGUCAAGGUGUGGGACAUCAGUCACCCGGGCAACAAGACCCCUGUAUCCCAGCUGGACUGCCUUAACAGAGAUAACUACAUCCGUUCCUGUCGACUGCUUCCUGACGGGCGGACUCUCAUUGUCGGGGGCGAGGCGAGUACUCUGUCAAUCUGGGAUUUGGCCACACCAACUCCACGGAUAAAAGCAGAGCUAACUUCGUCAGCACCUGCGUGCUACGCUCUGGCCAUCAGCCCUGACUCAAAGGUCUGCUUUUCCUGCUGCUCCGACGGAAACAUAGCUGUCUGGGAUCUUCACAACCAGACUCUGGUUAGGCAGUUCCAGGGUCACACCGAUGGGGCCAGCUGUAUAGAUAUCUCUAAUGAUGGGACCAAGCUGUGGACUGGAGGCCUGGAUAACACUGUCCGGUCCUGGGACCUAAGAGAGGGACGGCAGCUGCAACAGCAUGACUUCACCUCCCAGAUCUUCUCUCUGGGAUACUGUCCAACGGGAGAGUGGCUGGCAGUAGGGAUGGAGAACAGUAAUGUGGAGGUCCUGCAUGUCACCAAACCUGACAAGUACCAGCUCCACCUGCAUGAAAGCUGUGUGCUCUCACUCAGAUUUGCUCACUGUGGGAAGUGGUUUGUGAGCACAGGAAAAGACAAUCUGCUCAAUGCAUGGAGAACCCCAUAUGGAGCCAGCAUAUUCCAGUCAAAGGAGUCGUCCUCAGUGCUGAGCUGCGACAUCUCCAUAGAUGAUAAGUACAUUGUGACGGGCUCGGGAGAUAAGAAAGCGACAGUCUACGAGGUCAUCUACUAAGAGGGCUGCGGUCAUUAAAUAACAAGGCCACCCUUCCAUACAGACACUCUGUGAUAUCUCCAUCACCCAUGUACAAUUUUUGAUGUAUAAAAUGGAUUUAGACGGAACAAACCAAACACUUUACGUCUUUCUCUGACCUUAACCUUUUGACCUCCUGGCCGGUCGUGGAUCAAAGCGAACAAGCAGAACCAAGCACAGAGGUGUUGUUUUCAAAGAGUGGCUUUAUGUUGUUGUGAGGAUGAGUGAAUGUAUACGUGCACUAAAUCUGGAAUGGAUGCUGUUGUUACAGUAUUGGGCAGAUUUCAUUCCUUUAUGUAACCCUUUUAUGUAAGCAUCUUACUUUUUUUUUUUUUUUACACAAGCAGCUGUGACACAAGCAUCAUUGUUCAUAUACAGUACUUUGCCUUUGUGCUUUGUGUAUAUCUGGAGACUUAAAAAUUAUAUAAACUAGGUGGCAGAUCAAGGCCAAACCACUCCUGACUGACACCAGAACAUCUGAUUUUGCUCUGGGUAACCAUAACUAAAAAUGAGGGGAUGACUACAAUGUUAAUAUUAAGGUCAUGGCACAAAUCUCAAAACUUCACACCGUUGUUGUUGCCGACUAUUCAGAGUCUGCUGCUGACUCUAAUUCACAUCCUGACAGCCUGUGUGCCCCCCUUGUUUCUGAGCCUAAUAGCAUCUUGCAGACGUGUAGCGUUAAUUUGUGAGGAUGGCACAGUGCUCCAAAAGAUGCAGGAUACACCAUUAUGCACAUGUGAACGUGUUGUUGAAAACAAAUAUAAAAGAGGUUUCGUUAACAGCUUACUGUGGAUAUUUGUGUCUUGUGUAUAAUCUUUUUUUGUUGAUUAUGCCUUGCCUUCAUGCUCAGGAUGCUACUGCCUCAUACAAAAUUUGUCUUGUUGACUGACAUUUUUGGUUUUCUUUUUUUAUGUGGAACAUACCUAUCUAGAAAAGGUUGCUUAAUGUCUCUCUUCACCUUGACAAGGUUGUUGACUAAUAACAUUCAUCUCAUACAAGGACUGACGAAAAGAGCCCACAUGAUGAAAUCAGUGGCAUUGUCCAGAAGGGAAUUAGGAUACCCAUGCCACUCUCGUGUCUGUACAUUAAAUAUGAAGCUACACUUAGCUCAGCUUCGACUGGAAGACUGGAAAGAGGCAGAGGUAGCUUUGCUCUGUCCAAAAAACAAAAUGUGCCCAUUAGCAGCUUGUUGUCUUGUCAUUCCUGUGAAGUUGCAGGGCAACCAGCAGUGACUCCAGUAGUUACUGCUGCUGGUCAAGAAAUAGUCUGGCACAUAACUGUGUGUAAAACCACAACUUGUCAUUUUUACUCUAUGGUUUUUGUAUGAUUAAACAAACAAGAUAUAACGUGUUAAUUGGUGAGCUUUGAAGGUGCUGAUAGGCAAUUGGCGUGUGGUGUCUUUUACAGAUAGGCAAGCAGAGCUGAAGAACCAAAUACACUGCACUGGCUGUCGCUUCAUAUCUAAUGAACAAACUUGAGAGUGAGCUUCUCAUCUAAAUCUUGACAAGAAAGCUAAAAGGUGUAUUUCCCAAAGUACAGUUUGUGUCUGUUGCCUCCAACAUUUAUUUUCUACCUGUGAACCUUAAUUUUUUUUAAUUCAUUUUUGUUAUCUUCUCAUAUUUGAGCUUGUGAGGGAGUGUGUGAGCGCAGUUUAUCUGUGUGUGUGUGUGUGUGUGUUUUGACCAUGUGGGCGUUGAGCAAACAAGCUAACAAGAUUGCCCUCAGUGCCCUCACUACGGACUGACCUUUGCACUUGGUUCUGCCUCUUAAGUUCAGAUUCCGCUGGAUGCUCACUGGAUUCUGUCUGAUAGAUUUCAGUAAAACUGUUUGGUGUUUGGAGGUCAGCCGGCCCUACAUUUCCUGCCUGGAUUUUCUGUUAAGACUUUUGGACAUUUAUUUGAAAAACAAGUGGUCAGCGGACAUGGUUGUGAUUUCUCUUGGAUUUUAAUUCUGUUGGCUUGUAGAAAUAACCCAGUGCCUUUAUACUGCUACGCUUCUGACUCCAUUUUGUCCUGCUGAGUGUUCAACUACACCAAGAGCUGAAACGUGAUGGACUUUGUUGGAGUGGUUUUCAACAGUUACUGUAAAUCUUGCAGCAUUUUAGGAUUGAUUUUAUUAAAAAAAAAAAAAAAAAAAAAAAAGGAUUAGUAAUCAGCAAAGUAACACAAAUGACACGCCAUAUUAUCCAGCUGGGUUUGUAUCAGAUGUCUUUUGUCCUCUUUGAAAAAAAAUCUGGACCAAAUUUCUCUUUGUUUCACCUGCUUUGCUGAACAUGUGAAAUACGCUAUUCAUGGCUACUUCUGCUUCAGUGGGAUUGUUUGAAGCAUGGUGCUGUUAACGUUUUUAGAGCUACGUUAUUCCUCACUCUAACUUUUUUGUGCUUUCAAAUUUUGUUCUCUUUGCCGCUGCAAUUCUUUUGCAUUGCUACAACACUACACCCACAUGACUCUCAUCCAUAAGUACAUAUAUACUGUACAUCCAAAAACACAGUAGUCAGUAAUUAUUAACAGAGAUUUAAGACUCUUUUAGAUUCUAAUUUUAUCAAUAACUCAUAGCCCUUUUAAACUUUAUUACUGCCUGGAGACUCAGUCUUAAAAAUAAUAAUUUUAAAAUAUAUACAUGCCUAAACCCAACCUCCUGGUUUAGCUAAUACCCAUAACCAUUGUGUGAUUCAUAAUUUUACAUCGCUAAAAGUCUGCUUUUUUUGAUUGUUUAUCAGUUUGGGGUUUUUUUUUUAGACUGAGUGAUUUAGAAAUGUAAAAACAGACAGACUGAUAUCGUGUGUAUUGCUAUUUCAGUCCCACAACUUGCGUAUUUCAACUUUAACUUACAUUACUUCACCUGUCGAAUGGAAAAAGAUGUGUUCAGAUGGCAAAUUAAGAAAGAAAAGAAGCUAUAACUAAACAGAGGGAGGUUUCCAGUAGAUCUAGUGUCUAUAAAAAUUGAAAAUAUUAUAGCUCUAUAGCUCCUCUCUUAUGUACUAGAACAUGUUAUUGUCAUGUUACUCAGGCCUGUCCUGUAACAUUGAUAAUGUCACCUUUUGCCGUUUGAAGUAUAUGUGAUAUAGCCCAUAAACUAUUCCAUGAACUCAGUUUCUUCCUUUCUCUUGCCUUGAAUAAAGACACCUUCUGAUAGUAAUGACUGUCUUAGAAAAGAUAAAAGUGAUGAGAGCCAUGACCCAAAAAAUGCUUAAUGGUUUACAAGGUAAAACAGACGCGCUCAGUACUAAUUUGCCUGCCUAAUUUUACUAAAAUAUAGAUAUUAAGAUCUGAAAAAGAUGAAUUUGUGUCAGCCUGAGCCACUCUCAUGCAAUUAUGAACUCCUCUUCUGAGCACGUUUUUUUUUUUCUUUUGCAGCUGUGACAAAGACAGAUCUGUACGAAGGGUUCAGAUCGCAGGCUAGAGAUGUCUUUGUACAUUUAUUCAGUUUCAUGGGACAUGAUAGACAAGUACAAAUAUGUGCAGUAUGAGACACAGUUGAAGAGACUACUGAUAGUUACUGCACUGGAGUGAAUGCAAAGGGACAUUUUGCAGUGUAGUCACCUCUUAAGAGAAACUUGAGGGACAACUGAUAUUUAUGUGAUCACAUAGAGACACUGUACAUUGGUCAUGAUUGUUGCUUGUUUUUCACAGUGUUUGCCUUAUGUUGUGCUUUCUUUCUAAACCUAAAACAUUUCUGUGUUUGCUGCAGUCAGCUCUGCUUUCUAAUUCAAAUGACCAUUCAUACACUUCUGCUCUGCUGUGCUUUCUGCUCUAGAGUGAGUCAUAACAUCUGGUGACACCUUCUUGCACUGUAUCUGAUAUCCUGAAACUUUCGUCCCCACUAGUAAUGGAAAAAAAGCAUUUUGGUUGUACUCGUGCUCAUGUCAAGAGUCAAACCUGAAUGUCACUUGUCUCAUCUGAAUGCUACAAGUUAGCUGGCUAACAUGACCCGUUACAGAAAUAAUGUUAUGUACAGUAAUGAUGUGUUGAGCAUUUAGCUUGACUGGACUCAUGAAGGUAUUAUAAAUUUACUGUAAACAUGUAAUAAUUCAAGCUUACAGUGAAACUUCCUGUUGCUAGUUGAGCUUUUUUUCUUUAAUACAAAAUGCCUUUGCUCUCUUUUUUCUAGUCUGUGGUUGAUUUUAUUAAAUUAUUGUGUGGA